CUCGAUAUUAUCGAGGACACAUAAUUAAGUGCAAAGCAACCAUUUUUUAGUGCCAUUUCUCCUUUUCUGAUUACUCAAACAAAAGAAAGUCCAAGAAAUGACUGCUCUCUCAACUUCUCUUCUUUCAAUUACAACUCCCCAAGCUCACUUUUUAUCUGCUGGCUCUUCUUUGAAGCCAAAAGACCAAUGCCUAAUAUGCGUUAGACCUGGUAAUCUCUCUAGUAAAGGAAAACCCACAACACAUAAAAAGUCACUAACAAUUCAAGCAAGUGGUGAGCGUGGUGGAUCAAGUGGUGCAGGUAUCUUCAUUGGCGGUUUCAUAUUGGGAGGAAUGGUAGCUGGAACAUUGGGUUGUGUAUAUGCUCCACAGAUUAGCAAGGCAUUAGCUGGAGCAGACAGAAAAGAUUUGAUGAGGAAGCUACCCAAGUUCAUAUAUGAUGAGGAGAAAGCUUUGGAGAAAACCCGCCAAGUGCUUGCUGACAAGAUUGCACAGCUAAAUUCUGCUAUAGAUGAGGUUUCUGCUCAACUGCAUCCAGAAGAUGCCCCCAAUGGAACUGCAGUGGCCUCAGAUGAGAUCCAAGCUUCCAUAUAAGAAAUUGUUCAUUGAAAUCUCAAUCCAAGUUUCUACUUAUUACUUGUGAUCAGCAUUAUAAUUCGAAACUUCUUAAUCUCUUUUGGUUCUGUUUCUGUUAACUCCUUUCAGUUAAUUUUUGUGGUUGAAUAUAGUCUGCUUUAAACAAUAUUAAUAAAUCAGAUACUCACUGUUGCUUUA